ACAAAUUAAAGCAACAGGAAGCAUCAUAGAGAGAGAGGGUGGUUUCAAUUCAUUUCAUCAAUCAUGAGAAGAAGUCUCUCUUCUGUGUUUCUGAUGGCUGCUUUCCUCGGACUAAUCGCUUCCAUGUUUGAUGUUGCAGAAACAAUUAGACCUCUGUCUGAAUUAAGCUUGAUCGGAGAAGAUAAUCAAAUGUUGAUAAUUAAUCCGUAUUGGAGUCGGCCAUCAAGCCCCCCACCUCCGCCUCCAUCAAUCCCGUCAGGCCCAUUGCCGAUGCUCAGAAUAAACCCCAGUGGCUCCUUUUCUGCUCCAAGGGCGUCAAGUUAUAUUCAACUACCAUCAAUGUCAACGCCAAGUGAUUUCCAGCGGUCGGCCAGUCCCCCGCCACUAUCCCAAAAAGUGUCGCCUCCAUCGCGUCCAAUAACGAACUACAACAAACACGGUCCUGAUGAUGAUGAUGUUUUCCUAGGAAUGAUGGGUCACCGAGCAAUGAACCCAUCAGUUCCGGAUAGCUUGUCAUCUGCUGGCGACGGAAGCCAAGAUAUUGAAAGGCCUGCGAGAUCCCCGCCUCCUGCACCAAGAGUUUCUCCACCGAGUCGUCCGUUAACCCGCCUAGAAAGAAGUCCACCACCAGCACUGGCUGCAUUUGGUGACCGAAGCCAAGAUUACGAAAAGCCUCAAAAACUUUCAACGCCUCCACCAAGCAAUCCUCAUGGUCCGCCAGCGGCUGGUUUCUAUGUUGCUUCAUAUCGAUGAGUAGAGGCCUCUGGUAACUAGCUAUAGCUAAGUUGUCAUGCGAAAAUAAUAAUAAAAGAAGUUAGAUAUGAUAUGAAUAUUACUGUGGAAGGUUAGUUAUGCUCUCUCUCGAUUUCUCUCUAUAUGUAUCUCGGAAUAAUAAAAACAGUAAAAUGUAGACCCAUGCAUGUUAUGUCCUGGCCAGAGAACAUGAUAUUCUGUAAAUCAAUAUCAUCUAUUUAAAUUA